CGACCCCUCCGGUUGUGUCCAGCCUUAGAAGUUAAUGCACAACCGGGACUCAGGCGCCUCUCCGGGAGCGGACCCAGGCUCGGAGACCCGGACGCUGGGACAGGCAGCUCGCCGACCACCCCCGCCACGCGCGGGCCGCGGCGUCCCUCGCAAGACCCGCCCGCCGCCCCAGGGACGCCCGAGCGGCGCCUCCCCGAGGCGGAUGCCUACCCGGGAGAGCCCCAAGACCCGCGGCUAUCGGGGGGACCUGCAGACCCGCCCGCCUGGCCCUGGGCCCCCGCGACUGGUGCCUCCAGUCCAGGAAACCAGCCCUCCCCGCGCUCUGCGCGCGCCUCAACCAGGAGCUCACAGGGCCAGACCCAAGAAGAUUGUGUUUGAGGAUGAGCUGCCCUCCCGGGCCCUCUUGGGCACCAAGAAGCCUAUUGAAGCCAUCCCUGGGGGGCGUAGGCCAAGGCCCCACCCAGUGCCCGACUAUGAGCUUAAGUACCCACAAGUGAGGAGUGAGAGGGAACGGAGCCGCUAUGUUGCAGUCUUCCAGGACCAGUACACAGAGUUCUUGGAGCUCCAGCAAGAGGUGGGCUGUGCCCGGGCAAAACUCCAACAGCUGGAGACCUUGCUGAACUCACUGCCGAGGCCCCGAAGCCAGAAGGAGGCCCAACUUGCCGCCCGAGUCUGGAGGGAAUUUAUGAAGAAACAGACGGACCCCAGCUUCCUGGACAAGCAGGCUCGCUGCCACUACCUGAAGGGCAAACUAAGGCACCUCAAGAUACAGAUCCAGAAAUUUGAUGAGCAAGGAGACCAGAAGAGUUCCGUGUACUUCUGAGCGCCCCGGCAGACAGGCAGAGGGACACAUCGGGGUGGGGGGGCCCGCCCUGCCCUUGCCUCUCUUCCUACCUCCUGGCCUCGGCUCCUGCUGCUACCCCUUCCUGGGGUAGCUUUUGCAAAUGCCUCAGCCCUUGAGACCUAGCUCUGAUGGCCCCCUCUUCCAGGAAGCCUUCCCAGAACCUCCUCUGGGACCCCAGGCCCUGAGCCCAGAUCUCAGCCCAUCCCCUGGAAGCAGGUCUUUCCUCGUUUCCAUCCCAGUGUAAUAAACAUUUAUUAAAUGCC